AUGCUACGUUCAUCGUCCUCCAAAUUUACGGGGCAGAGACUGUUCACCACAGCUCGUCUCCUCCAGGCUGCCAAACCAGCACCAAAAGGUAAAACUCAAGGGUUUUCCAAAAAAACAUCAUCAACAUCGUCUUACUCUUCUGCCAAGAGAAUCACCCCAGGCUCGCUCUACAAAAACUGGACGAAUACCACACAUACUGCCCAAUUACAACAAACUGCCGUUCCUUUACCAUUACCCAUCUUCAAUUUCGAACACAUUUCCAAGACGUUGAACAAAGUCGUAUCAUUCUCCAACAAACAAUAUAAAUCCCUUCACCAUUUGGGUUCAUUYAAGAAAUCUCAAUUUAACGAACUAUUUCAAAAACCGGUCUCUUUAGUUCGUGAAGAUGCAACUAACAGUUUUUUAAAAAAAUUGAUUUCUCAUCCAAUAAAAAAAUUCAUAAUCACCGGAGAAUCAGGUGUGGGAAAAAGUGUGCUGUUAUCCCAAGUACACGCGUUUGCUGUGGACUCUAAGCAAAUCAUCAUUAACAUCUCAUACCCUGAUCUGUUCUUAAAUGGUAGAAAUGACUUUUCCUAUGAUGAGGACUUAAAACUUUAUAUUCAACCAAUGUUUUUGAAAACACUUAUAAGGAAAAUACUCAAGGCUAAUGACCCCUUACUAUUAAAAUCCAUCGAGCUGUCUCAAGACUAUAAAUUCUCGAAUGUAAACCCAAAGAAUGCCUCUAUCAAACCAUACGUUACUUUAAACAAAGAGAAGAAUACAGUUUUCGAUUUGCUAUCCGUCAUGACCCACUCACAUAAUCGUGGAAAACUAAUGGAAGCCAUCAUCAAUGAGUUAGCCAUCCAGUCCAAAGUGCCCAUCAUGUUCACGGUAGAUAAUUUCUCGAAGUUCUUAACUACCUCUUUUUCUGCAUACAGAAAUAUGCAGAAUAAACAAGUGUAUUCCUUGGAUCUGCAAAUGGGUAAAUUGAUCAUGGACAUCAUUUCAGGGGAAACAAAGUUCGCCAAUAGAGAAAGCUCUACCAUUCUGGCCAUCUCUGGUGUAGAUAGAACAAACAAAACUUUACCUGUGGCCCUGGGCAAAAUCCCUGCCGACCCUUAUGUUACCAGACACCACUACGAACCUAAAUUUGUAGAAUUGUUGCAAAAAGGCAAAGUCACCGAAUUCGAGGUUCCUAAACUGAAUAAGCAGGAAGUUAAUGAGUUAAUGGAAUACUAUAAAACGUCUAAUAUCUUGUUAAGCAAGGAUGCCACGGAAAAGAAUUGGGACCACUUGAUCGAUGAGAAGUAUUUCCUGAGCGGCAACGGUAAUCCAAGAGAAUUAUUGAAGAGUUUAGUUCUUUCCCAUAGGUGA